AUGUGUUUGACAAUCAUCGUUUCAGAACCAUACCUCGUGUGGACUGAUGUUGGCGAAUCCGUAACGAAGCAGUUAGAAAGCCAGUUUUCGGUUGUGUCCAGCAUCAGAAGCUGUGUUGUCUGGGACGUGUUGCAUAUGCCGAACCGUCACUUGCCAAUGGGAGUGCUGUUUUCAUGCCCAACUCAGAGUGGCGGAAGCAGAGAGAGGAGUGUGAAGGAGAUUACGGAACGUUUGGGUGCUGUCGGUGCUACUCGCCUUCCAGGAUGGGGACCGCGUGAUUCCCACUGCACCUGGUUGGAGACACCACAAGAUAUGUCUGCCAACCGAUGCCUUUCGAUAUUUCCGAUCCCGCUGAAUAGUAUUUGUUUACUGAUGCCUUCAACUGAUACCGAGACUAUUCUGGAACCCUCGGCCCUUGACUUAAGCGGAGAUGGAAUGCAUAAUGAUGGAUUCAGCGAACAAGAUCACAUUUCCAAAACAAUGCCUGUCCAUAAAACGGACCGGGGUCCCCGAAAGAUCUGGAGGUGGAAGUUGGAGGGGAUGACUUUAGUUGUACUUAGUGUGAUAGUAGCAUCCGUCGCGCUCACGUUGGCUCUUAUUAUCAGCAUUCUUGUUGGUGAACCUCAGGUGAUGCCCCAUGGUGCAGUCGUUUCUGAAAGCUCUCAGUGUAAUUCAAUCGGCUUAGAAAUGAUGAGCCAAGGUCAAGGUAACGCCGUUGAUGCAGCAGUUGCAAUGGCUCUCUGUAUGGCUGUCGUUCGUCCGGACGUGGCAAGUCUCGCAGGAUGCGGCAUGAUGCUAGUGCAAGAUCGUAAUACCCAAAAAUCCCAUCUCUACGACUUUAUGUGUUCGGCCCCUUCAAAUCCAUCGGAUGUUGAUGCUACGAAGCCUGCAAGCCUGGUGGGUGUGCCUGGUUUCGUACGAGGGCUAUAUACUGUCCACCGGCACUUUGGUCAGCGACGUUGGUCAGAUUUGUUCGCUGGCGUGCUCAAUUUGGCUGCUGCGGGUUUUCGCCCGGAUCCGGACCUGUUAUCUGCGGCCAAAGCGACUGCUGCUGAACACCCCGGCACAUCAGGAAUGAUUUUCAAUGACUUGGCGAAGUUUUCCGGCGAGAGUUACCACCCUCCAGAUGCUCUAAAAGCCACGUUAGAGAACCUGAAGAAUAGUGGUGAACACUACUUCUACGAUGCACACUCUGAACCUGCUUCGUUUAGCAGCCAGCUCUUGUCGUUUCUUAACUCCCAGGGUGUGCACUGGCAAGCUCGGGAUAUGUCGGAUUAUACUGUUGAGAAACCAAAACCGAUUCUGAUGUCAUUUGCUGGGUUCACCCUUGAAGCCUUUCCGUCACCAUCGAGUGGAGGUUCUUUCCUACUGAGUUUGCUCGGCAAUCUUUGGGUAAAGAAUUUACGAGUGCCACUGGAUCCUGGAGCCUUGGCGAAAAAAGUCCCCAAUGCCACCGCCACGAUGCUUCAUCGACUCAUCGAGUUAAGCAAACUAUCUGAAGCACAAGCACUGAGACUUGGAGAUAUCAACGAUGACCUCAUUAGUGCACAAGCCAAAGCAGCUCAGAAUCAAAUGCUUGCUCUUGAAAGCCGAAUUCCGAUGGUGGAUUCAGUCACUGACACACGCACCUUCCCUCCAAACGCCGAACUGCUGGAGAGUCCCAAUUUUAAAAUUGGUGACACUGGGAUUCUGACAACAGAUUCAAAUGCGUUAACUGUGUCAUUGAGCUUGUUUCUUGGUUCCCCGUUCGGUACUGGACAGUACGUUCCGAAAACUGGUGUACAUCUCAAUGCAGCCAUGAAACUCUUCUUCAGUUCGUCUGGUCCAGUGCAGCCUGUGUUAAAUACGAUUGGUCCUAAGCGACGCCCACUAGUUCCAGGUUCCCCCGUCUAUCUUUCGACGACUCACCGCAAAUGCGGUGUCCGUGUAGGUAUAACUACUAGCGGCGGACUAUGGGGGACGAUUGAUGCGGCCCAAGUGAUCGCCGAUGCAGCCUUGUUUCUACGUAGUCCACCGUGCACUCCACCAAAGGGUAUCACUACACCAGUGGAUGAUGUUGCUGCAAGUACAUUGUUGGGCAACAAACAAACUUCAGCAGACCAACCAACUCACGUGGGUUACUCACCAGCGAGUGACGCUGGUUGCUUAGGUUUUCAGGCAUCCAGUGGCCUUCCCCGUCUUCGUUCCGGUCCUGUAAUUCAGAAUGACUCUGGUUUGAGUGAUCCAGUCUCCGCGGAACCAAAGUUCGACACUAACUUGGCCACCGGUUUGGAGGGAGUUGGGCAUAAAAUGAGCACUGUGUCGGAACCGUGGCCAGGACGAGUUUCAGUGGUUGGCUGGAACGGUUAUAAUAUAGUCUUGUCAGUUGAUCAUCGCGGUUCAUGGAAGUCCGCACAAUUUUAACUUCGCUUGUCUCUACCCUUCCCAUUGGCUGUGAACUGUGCACAUAUCAUUCUCAUACGGACACCGCACUCCCUCCUAAACUUAGAUAACUCUGUCGUGACAGUUUGCUUUUAUUGUCCGAGGCAGUGGUUCUUCUAUCGGGUUCGGUUAUUUUUACCCUAUCUUUCAACUUGAUUUCAUUGUAUUUUGUGUGUGCGUCUCGAUUUGAACCAUGACAGACUUGCCUUCUAAGUUCAUUUGGCGCUGCUUAUGAGUGUUGAAAAACAGCCGUUGUUUGCAUUUCGAAGCAAUACUGAAUUGUGCCAU